GUCUUGUCUGCUGUGGCAAGCAAAAGACUUGAGGUAACUUUUGUAUGAGGAAGUGGACGAACAUUCAAUGACCAGAAUGCUAAACACACAUUGGCUUGGAAACGCUGGCAACUUCUUCAUGCUGUUUCUUGUUACCAGUGCUAUAAGCAACCUUUCAUCCGAGGAAAUGAGCAACAGAUGCAAUAGUAAAACUGUGAUACCUGAAUUGGAUAUCUUCUCAAGUCCGCCAAACCGCACAUUAAGAGUAGGUGCAGAUAUUAACUUGACUUGCAUAGCGUGGCCAAGGAAUGACCACCAGCUUUAUCCUAGGAAAUGGACCAAGUAUAUUCAGUGGUAUGAUCCUCAGGGUAGCCCAGUUGGAGCCAAAUGCCUGCAGGGUACACCAAGAGUCAAAGAGCUACACUGCAUAUUAAUGCUCAAGAGGUUGACUAUGGAACAGUUUGGAAACUACACUUGUGAGGCUCAGAAUGAUUAUGAGGGAUAUUGCACACAAAAAGUUGUCGAAAUUGAGCUGCAAGCUUCCCUGGCACCAGAAAUUGUUGAGGAUCCUAAGAACCAAACUGUUGACGCUGGUUUCAACGCAACCUUUGACUGCGCCGCCAAAGGUCAUCCCAUGCCGUCUAUCACAUGGAUAAAGAACGAUGACGCACUUGCUGUACAAUCUAACAACUGGACUAGAGUAGCUGAGAUUUUCCUCGACGACGAGCAAAUUCAUAGCAAGCUGGUAAUAAAGGGUGUAAAGAGGGAAGAUGAUGGGAAAUAUUACUGCUUUACAAAUAACAGUGCGGGAGAAAAAGCAUCAAAGCCGGCAUUCUUGUCCACAAAGGAUCCAGCUUCUUCAACUACGGCACCACCAAUAAAGGAACAACGACGUUCUGUUCCCCUGCUUACUACGCUUGGAGUGUGUGUUGGUGCAAUAAUUGCCUUCAUGGGCGGAUGCAUUAUGGCGUUUUUGUAUCGACGUGCAAGAAGAAAUCAUGAGGGAAAUGAAGGUGCGGAAGAGAUCUAUGUGGCCUGCAUAGACAACAAAGAUUUGGCUGAGGUGAUACUAAAAGAUAUAAAUGCUGAUACGGAAGAAAGUGAGCUUUUAGAGGUAAAUGCCGUCACUUCGUCGUUAGUUGUUGAAAAUAACAAAAUGCAGCUAAACAAGAAAAAGCAUGCGCAUGACGACUGGAGAGUUGAAUCGAUACCGAGAGUAUCGUCCGAGGAAAGGACUCCGACUCCACUAGAUGUCGGAGAUAAACAUUUCCCAAAUUCCAUCUUUGAUCAAAAAGGCUAUGCAGAAGAGUUGUUUAACUCACGAAAUGGUCACCAAAGUGCCGAAGAUGGCUGUAGUCACUGUGAUGUCAACAUUAUUUCUUAUCAAGACAGUGGGAUGGAUAGUGACAAAGAUACCGACGAAAUACAAACAUCUCUCUUCAUUGAGAUAGAGGAGAGCGAAAAAGACCGAGGUACUCUCGAAGUACUCGAUGAGGUACUAGGUGAAGGAGAAUAUGGAAUCGUUUACAAAGGUCUCUAUGGUGAAAGGAAUGGCAGCACUACUGAUGUUGCAGUAAAGAAGUUGAAAGGUAAUGCAUGCACACUUGCGAAAGCCGCGUUACUGAAUGAGAUAAGAACGUUGAAACAGGCUGGACGACAUCCCAACAUUGUCAACCUAAUUGGAACAUGGGUUCAAGGAGAGACAAUUCUUGUCGUCACCGAAUUGGUCCAUGGUGGUAGCCUUGAAAGCUUUUUGAGGUGCAAGGGUGACGGAAGUAACAAAUAUGCGAAUGUGCACUGUAAGCUGAAUGACCGACAGCUGCUCAAAAUUGCUCUACAGGUGGCCCUUGGAAUGAAACAUUUAGAAGAGCAGAAGUGCAUUCACCGCGACCUUGCCGCGAGAAAUGUUUUGAUCGAUCCAAACAUGGUGGCAAAAGUCGGAGACUUUGGAUUAGCAAGGGAAAUCACAGAGGAUGGAUUAUACAUCAAAACCUCAUGUGGUAAAGUUCCAUGGAGAUGGUCGUCUUUAGAAUCUCUGCGAGAUCGAGUUUAUACAUCCAAGAGCGAUGUGUGGUCGUUUGGCAUACUACUUUGGGAAAUGGCAACUUAUGGUGACUCACCAUACCCUGACAUCCCAACACCACUUGCCUUGGUAAGUCGGCUUUCUACGGGCUACCGGAUGUCACGUCCUCAUCAAUGCUCGGAAGAACUAUAUACGCUGAUGAGAUCUUGUUGGAACGAGGAUCCCUUGAUGAGACCUUCGUUUGCUGACAUCGUAGAUCAGCUGGCAUACUUCUUGCGAGAAGUAAAGAGGAUAUAUAUUAACAUCACAGAGGAUGAAAUUAGUGGCAGUUCUGAAGUGAACUAGAGUCAAAGCAUGCUUAUGUAGAAAGACUAUGUUCAUAACCCGAGUGAUAUUUUAGUUCACAACGUAAAACU